UUUGAGACGAAUGAGGAGGGCAUACAAUAUAAAGCCGCAUAUUGCGUUUCAUUAAAUCAGAUCCACUAGAGCAAUGAUGUCGAUUUCUUCAUUAGUUCUCGCGGCUUUAACAGCAACUGUUCUCAUGCCAGACUCCUGCUCAGGGCUUUAUCAUUACAAUAGAAAUGCUUGGAGUGCAUCCCAACCGAAAAGUGCUCCAGCAGGUUUCAAUCAAAAGGCGCAGCUGAUAUACCUGCACCCGACUCAAACCGACUACUGUGGCAAUAAUAACAUUGACUGCAAACGAACGAUGAGGAGCAUUCAAAAAAUGCACAUGGAGAACGGAUGCGAUGACAUUGGAUUCAACUUCGCUGUUGGCGGCUGCACUGGAAUUUUCGAGGGGUCUGGCUGGAGUGGUAUGUCUCCAUUUUCAGUGGAUGAUGAUGUUCCAACUGUGCACAUUGGUGUCAUUGGCAAAUAUAGCACAGGACAAAGCAUUCCUAGUAACGUGCAGCAAACUGUGGUGUCACUAGUGAAUGAAGGGAUCCAAAGCCAAAAGAUUGAUCCUAAUGCUGAAUACCGAUGCGUCUAUUUUGAUGGAGAUCAUUCAGGGUUUGAACUCCAGAUACCAAAUCGGUCUGAGAAGGUUUCGUGCAUCAAGAAAGUAGGGAAUAAUUGUUUUAACCAGGCUGGAUAUAUCCCGGCCCAGUAGUAAUUUUAUUGUUUACAAAGCGCCUUAAUUAAAAAAACUUUCCAAGGAUAUUAUUUUAAUUUAACACCUAUAUAGAUCCACCAUUAAAUUAACCACACAGUUUAUUUUGAUUAAAAAAGUUUUCUAAGGUGUAAAUCUUAUUAGAUUUGAAAUAAAAAAACAAAACUUGAAUAUAG